AUCCAACUCUGAUUGACAUUCCAAGCGGCGAUUGUACAAUGCGUCAGUUUGUUGAUUCGAUAUUUUACAUUGGAAAGGGGAAGCGUUCACGCCCUCUUCAGCAUCUCGUUGACGCAGUUCGAGCUAAAGAUUUUGGUGAAAGUGUUGUGAUGAAAAGUAAAAAGCUGCAAAGGAUAGUCGGUCUUUGGGCCGAGGGGCAUGGCAUCGUAUCGUUGCAUGUUUUCCAGAAUACAAUUCCGAGGGGUGAUUAUUACGGGAUAACGAAGAGUUGGACAAUGAAAGAGAAGACAAUCUAUGGCAGCUAUUUGUUAUCCAAAGUUCUGGCAGUGUUCCAUGUCGAAGGAUGUCGAGAAAUUUACGAAAAUGACAUUCGAGGAAGUUAGGG